AUGCUGGAGUGCAACUUGGGGAACAUCAUGUUUGUGGCAUCUGAGGCCACCAUCAUGGUAAAGCUGUUCAUGAUCCACUACAACAUGACCAAGACCACCCAGCUCACCAUCUCCCACCUUGCUGAGCUCACCAAGGGCACCAACAUACACAUCAACACCAUGCUCCCUGGACCUACUUGGACUGAUGGCAUUGCCACCUACAUCAAGGGAAUGGCUGCUCAGCAAGGCUGCAUCAACAGCUCCUCCAUCAGAGCAGAAGGUGGCAUCCUGCACAGUGUUGUCUGA